UUCUUCUAUAAAACCACGCAAUGCAGUUCUGGACCAAAACUCACUACCUCACAUACGCCAUAACCACCGUACCAAUGAAGAGGGAGGGUCGUCAACACGGCUUUGUUCGGAGCUACAUCAUCUUCCCGACUCCCUUAUCUCAACAGAGACGCGUAAAGACGGUAGAUUCUGCCUCCGUUGCCGGUUUGUUCACGAAGGUGUCAAGGAAGCCAACAAAUCAGUCCAAGUUCACCGGGAAAUGUGGUAAGGCACGAUGCAUCGGUUGUCAUAUCCAUCCAGCUACUAAGUCAAAAGACAAGACCAAGGGCACCAUGAAGUUGAGAUCAAUCGGAUCUGAUCACGGAAUAAUUGGUUAUCCUUCUGGUACUUCAGCUACCGGCGUAUUAGCUUAUUUAGCUAGCAAUGCAUGUUAUGAUGGUGAUGACGAUGAAUAUGAUGGUGCAAUUGAGGACUGUGACUAUGAUUACAGAUGAUCAUUGUAUGAGUUAUUGUGACUUAGGAUUGCCUUGGGGAGAAGGAGAUGUGGAAGAGUAUGGGGAUGAUGAUUGAUAUCUGGUUGAAGAUAUUCAACAGUAGUUCAAUUCUUCAGUCCAUUUGACAAAAAUGGGAUAAUCAUAUCAUAUAAUGAUAAUUUUCAGUCCAAUUGAUCAAAAAUGGGAUCAUCAUAUCAUAUAUCAUGUUUAUCUUAAAAGGUAUGAUUCGUGUACUCGUUUCUAAUUUAUAAAAUAAUGGAGUCAAAUAUUCAUCAAAACCUGUUUGAUCUACGGUGUAGUUGUAUUUUUAUAUAUCAUUGUCUUUGAUGCUCAA